GCUAUAUGCUUGAACUUGAUCUAGAAGCUCCAGUGCAUUUGCACGAUUACUUUACAGAUUAUCCUUUAACGCCAGAAAAGCAAAUAAUACCAGAAAACUGGCUUAGCCUAUAUAACGAAAGAUUAGUGAAUGAUAAAGAAGUUGGAAAUGGAAAGUAUGCAUCAGGAGAGAAGUUGGUUCAGACUCUUUAUCCUAAAAAGAACUACGUGAUCCAUUAUCGAGCUCUCCAGACAUAUAUGAAGUUUGGAAUGAAGGUUACAAAGAUUCAUAGCGCUCUCAAGUUUAGGCAGUCUCCAUGGAUGAAAGACUAUAUUGAGGAAAAUAUUCGCAAACGUAAAAUUGCUAAAGCUAAUGGGGAUGAGUUUGGGGUCAUGUAUUAUAAGCUAAAAAAUAAUGCGGUAUUUGGCAAACAAAUGGAAAAUGUUCGUAAACAUAUGAGAGUAGAGCUACUUAAAAUAGAAGAGGAUAAAAAAAUCAGGCGUCUAGCAAGUUCUCCAUUAUUUGUGGGUUUCAAACAAUUCGAUGGAGGAAUUACAGCUAUUCAUAUGUUAAAAAGCACAGUAACACUAAACAAACCAAUCUAUGUAGGGCAGGCAAUUCUCGACAUUAGCAAGGCUAUGAUGUUCAACUUUUGGUACG